AUGGCAAUUGGCCAAUCUGGCCUAGACAGGGUCUGCCGGCUGUGCUGCCACGAUGAAACUACUCUACGCGGGUUGUUUCCGGGCGGCUACAAAGAUGAGGUUCUUUUACGGAAAAUUUUCGAAUGCACGACUGUACAGAUUUCGUUCAACGACGAUUCGGAUGCCCUGAUAUGCUAUGGGUGUUUGGGCAAAAUAGACGAGUUCUACCAGUUUCGAGAACAAUGCCGUACCAACGAUGCACUGCAGAGGAAUUGGAAGCGCCGCGUGAAUCGAAGCAUGGAAGCCUCUCGGUCCACGCUGAUCCCGGUGAAUGAUGUUAAGCAGGAACAGGAUAUUGAGUACGACUACUGUGACAUCGAUAUUGACGACGAUCAGGAAGAUCCUGUGCGGUUCCAGACGAACAGCGGUUUGGAAGAGUCCGCAUUGGGGGAGGAGUCACUUCCUGGCCCAGCUAUGCUACUGGAUUCAUCGAUCUCGCAAGAGGAGGGCGGAGCGCAUUGUGCUGUUCGCGUGAAGCAAGAACCGGAUGAUGAAGACAUCGAUGACACGAUGUAUGUCUGGAACGAGGAAGAAUCGCUUCCGACUGAGAAGCAAUCGGCCACUCCCACCCUGUUGCCUAUUAUCGAGAACGCUUUCAGUACUGCACCUGAGACCUCUUUCGGUGAUGCCGUUGCGAAACACCGGCACAUCCAGUGUGCCAGUGGUCAGGUGUACCUGUUCCGGGAAGGAUUCUUGUACCUACGCAAACCGUCUGGCUCGGGGAAUCAUGUCGGCUGCGCCAACAAUGCCGGUGCCAACGCUUCCGGCUGGCGGUGCCGAAAAUUUGACUGCGACGCUGCUCUGCACCGAAACCGUGCCCGUCAAAUUGUGUCGAACGGCAUCCGCCAUAACCACAGCCGAGAACAGCAACCGAACGCUACCGACGCCGAAGUGCUGGCGUAUCUCGGUGAGUCGACACCGAAAUCGCAAUUCCUGAAGCCAUUUGUGUUGGCCCGGAACGUAUGGAAACCUACCCACUUUCGGUACGUGAAAAACGUCAGAAAUGGAAGGUCAAUAGUCCACGACGGUUACCGGUACAGUAAGAAGCACGCCCGGACGGAUGGAACGUCGUUCUGGAAGUGUCGUUUGAACGGUGGCACUUGCCCGGCAGGUUUGUUCCUCACCCCGAGAAAUACGAUCCGCAUUACUGGCAGCCACAAUCACAAACGGCACCUUGGCAAGGCGCCAAGGAGGAAAUUAAAGUCGCACCUCGAGUAUGACAAUGGUGGAGAAGAGACCGGUGCCGAUGAUGCGGAGAGCGAAGAGUCACCGAAAGUGGAGCCCGUCGGAAGCGAUGCGCAAGAGACGGAAGAGAUCAGCUUGAGUGACUACUUGAGCACGCACAUGGAAGAAAGCGAUCCCGCGCAAUUGCAGGCAACCACCGGCAAUAGCGAAUUUGCACAAGAACCCGCCGCAGGCAGCAGUGGAGCGGCCAGUAAGGGUGGUGCUCCGGGCACUUUGCGCCAGGGUUAUAACUUCCAAAUUGUGCGCAAUGUGAACCAGAAGCUGCGUCUCCUAUUUGACGGCCAUCUGUACGUAAAGGAACAUCAACGGAACGACGGAGCAAUCGUUUGGCGCUGCCGGAGGAACUACGACAAGUGUAGCGUACUUGCGGUCCAACACCAAGGUGGGUUGGUGGAGAUCUUGGGAGACCAUUCGCACGGUCACCUGCAGGAACGCCGUUCGAAUAUACUAGUUGAACCAUCAGGAACGUUCGCUUACCGACUAGUGAAGAUGGCGCACAACAUAGAGCAGCUCAUCUACGAUGGGCAUCGGUAUCAGAAAACGGUCACCAAGGGCGACGGUUCGACCAUAUGGCGGUGUGUCCGAAGGUCUACUAACUGCAAGGAAUCGGUCGUCCUUUCGGCGGACGGCAAGGUGUACGAGAUGCAGUCGCAGAACCAUCCUCACAAGCCCUCGGAACUGCCGAUUCCGGAUCGUGUGGUCGAGGAGAACCGACGACGGCACACAGAGACCCCGGCCCUGAAAGUGACUGUUGCUGGACAGAAAGACAUCUGUCGAAAACAGAUCAGAAAACCACGGCCCAUCCCCGUCGGUCACGUGACUUGCGUCCCAAUGGAAAUGCAGCGCCGGUACUCGUACCGUAUAGUAAACAACGUCAAGGGUUACGAAUCUCUAAAGCACGGGGGCUACCGGUACUGCAAAAACCGGGUUCGUUUGGAUGGGACCAUCAAGUGGCUGUGUAAGAUGAACAACAAAACAUGCGGCGCCUGGUUCAACAUGGAAGCCAACGGAAGCAUUCCGACGAUCGCCAGCGUAACGCACAACCACGAACCAUCAGAGGACGAUGUGCUGCCGCUGCAACGGAUGCCUAGGACUAGGCCACCGUCGGAACUGUCGGACGUGAAGGAGUACCCCAUCGACGAGCGAACGUUCGCCAAAAGUGAGUGGUACUUUGUAAAGAACAUGAAGAAUGGCAGCAGUUUGAUUCAUGCUGGUUAUCGGUACACGAAGAAGGGCGAACGGGUGGACAAAUCGUCACUGUGGCGGUGUGCAUUUUUUACGAAAAAGUGUAGGGCCGGGAUUAUACUGUACCCGAACGAAACGAUCGCCAAAGCGGACCUAAGUGAACACAUUCAUCCACCGAACGAUAUGGAUAAUGUGGAGCAGGAGUGCGAAACAGCGGACGAAGAUGGCGAACAGGAGGAGGAGGAGGAGGAGAAUGUAAGGGAUGAACAACAAGAAGUGCUAGACAUGGGCGCAAUUGGCACCGACACGUUCGAUCUGUCGGGAGGCAUCAACGAAGACGCGGAUCCGGAGGCGAUGAUGCGCUCGCUGCUCAACACGUCGCUUGGUGUGGGAGACGGCGAUCCCAAAACGGACAACGAUCCGAUCUUUCUGUCGAAGGAGGAAGCGGGCUAUCGGUUGGUGAAGAACCGGCGCCAAACGAACAGUCUUCUGUUCCAAGGCUACAGAUACUCGCUCCAAGGUACCCGCGCAAACGGAUCUGUUGUGUGGCUGUGUCAGAUGAACAACAAAACGUGCAAGGCAUCGGUCAGGAUCCACCCGGACGAUCGGCUCGAGGUCGUUAACGUUCAUCACAACCACGGAAGGCUGGUGGAGGACAGCGAAGACUACGCGCAGCAGCAAGCAGCGAACCGCAGCAUCCAACAGCAGACGCCAGACAAAAAGUAUUACUACAGCAUGAAUCGGUGCAAUCGCCUAUGCGUCAUCUACGACAGCUGUCGGUACGGCAAUCCCACCAAACGCGUCGAUGGGAGUUGCGUUUGGCGCUGCGCAAUGAAUGGUGGCACGUGCCUGGCCAGUGUGCUAAUCUUGGCCAAUGGUACUUUGACAAAGCGAGCUGGCUUUCGGCACAACCACCAACCGUUAACCGUGCUUCCGGUGCGGGUAAGUGGUCCCGUGGAAAGCGAGGCAGCAACGGAAGUGCCACAGGUGAGACCAAAGGAUCCGUGGAACAGUGCAAAGGCGGUGAUUAAGGGGAACAUCCUUAGCUGGAAGCAGUACCGUUAUCGAAAGCAAACGACACUGUCAGACGGUACGGUACUGUGGGCUUGCGCCACUUCCGACGUAUGCAUGGGCAGAGCGAAGGUUGUGGUGCAGGGCAACCAGAUGAGAAUACAGAGUUCGCGUAAUCACAACCACGACCCAGUGCUGCCUGUCGGAGGGCAACAAGCGGCGCCGAGAGUGUCGGUGACAAAGCGUGAAAAUCCCUACAAACUGUACCGAACACCUAACGGAAGCAUGGCCCUCGUUUACCAACAGAAUAGGUUCCUGUUGAAAGGCCGCCGUGAGGAGGAUGGCGUCACGGCUUGGGUGUGCUGCGGAACAAAAGUGCGCUGCCCCGUACUCAUCUACGUUAACGCGCACGGCGAGCUAGUGAACGAAAACAAUACUGAACAUACGCAUGCUCCCACCGACGUAGCCGUCGCGCCAGACAUAAAAGUGCUUCAGUUAGACGGCCAACAAUCGUGGGACGAAUUCAUCCAGGACUGCUUGAAGAACUCAGCGUCCGCGUCGGGCAGCGAUGAUCCGGAAGCGCUCCAGAAACUGCCGAAUAACGUUCUGCGGUAUCGUAACUACGUCUACCGGCUCGCCCUAACCAGGGACGAUGGCAUCGAGUACUGGCGCUGUUGUCGAUACCAAUCCGACGAGUGUCGUAGCAUGCUGCACUGCCGUAACAACGGCACGGAGUUGGUGGACAAUCGGCACAAUGGCAUGCGGCACAAUCAUGAUCACGAGGCGCCCCAAGGAACGUUUCCACCGCUCGAGGAGCUGGAUCAAGACGCCAGCGUUUGUGCGCUAAAACUCCGAGAAGGUGAAACGUACACCGCCUUCGGUACAUACGGGAUAAUGCGGAGACGUGGUGGUACGAAAUCGCUCGUCCACCGCGAUCGACGAUACUAUCUUGCGUACACAUUGACCGACGGAGUAUCCGUGUGGCGAUGCGCGCAACGCAAGCGCUGCAAAUGCCCGGCCGUGAUAAGGAUCGCAACCACUGGCGAGAUGCUAUGGACGAAUGAGCAUCGUCACAAUCAUCCGGCUGAGAAUUCGCUGAACACCAGCGCCGGCAGCACCAAUGGGGACGAAACACAGCCAACGAAGGAACAAAGCCCUGCGUCGCCCCAAGCCAGGCCGACGCCGACGCUACCGAAAACUAGGGGACGGAUGCUUGAAUCAAACGGAACCCGUAACUUUACGUAUGAGGGGCGACACGGUAGGACGGUAGUCUCCGAAGGAUACCGGUACUGCUGCACCUGGCAGCGGAAGGACGGAACCGGGUUCUAUCGGUGCCUCGGUUACGGUAGCCAUGCUUGUCCGAUGAAGGUGAAGGUUUGCCCGAACGGAAAGCUGUACCCACAUCGUGGUGAGCGCCAUUCGCACCCCAUUCCGGAGAGCUCGAAGCGGAAAGGUAGCUUCGCCGUGACUGACACGCCGGAGCCGAAAACACCUGCACCACUACUAGAACCCCCGCGGCGAGAAAGAAGGACAGUCAGCUCGUGGAAGUUGGAUGCGCGUGCGUGCAAAAAUUACCGGAUCGUCGCGACACUCCGUGGUACCAUGCUGCAGCAUGAGGGAUUCGAGUAUUGGACGCAUAGCCGGCUGGCGGAUGGGUCGAUAACGUACCGCUGUCGACUGCAGUUCAAGCAACGUUGUCUAGCGUCGGUGCAUCUGGAAAAACCUUCGAAGGUGCUCUACGUGCGCAAUGAUUUGUGUCACAAUCAUCCCGAGACGGAUGUGAGCUAUGUCGCUGCUAUGAAAACUGAAAGCGGCCAGUCGGUCAACCGGCCGGAGCAGUGCCCAGCAGUGCCGAACGAGGCUCAGCCGAAACAAUCGUCACCGGCGGCGGACGAAUGCAGCGCUACGACCAACGUUGAGGAACUUGAGGAAGCCGCGGAAGAGCAAGCGGGUGAGCAAGCGGAUGAGCUCGCGGGCGAUGAGGGGGACGAUGAUCAGAAGGAAGAAGGUAACCAAGCGAGUGACCUGGAGGAUGAUAAAGAGGGAGACCAAGCGGCCGACAGCGCGGUCGAUCGGGUGAGUGGCCACGCUGGAGAAAGCCAUGUCGUAACCAAAAAAUAUACUUUCGGCAAGAUGGCGCCGCACAAGCGUUACCUGAUCCACGAUAAGCACCUGUACGAGUUCGAGGCCGACCAGCCUGACGGGAGCAAAAAGUACUGUUGCCACAUGAAAGCGGUUGCCAAGUGCAGCGCGUCCGUCGUGCUGCUGAUUCCGUCCGCACGGCUGCAGGUUCCGCUACGACUUGUGCACGACCACGAUCCACCGGUUGCGGACUACAUGAAGGACGUGAAGAUCAUUGGCCGCGGCUGUAAGGAUUUUAAGUUCAUUGAAUCUAAAAACGGGAGCAAGAUGCUGCUGUUCCGCGGAGAACGCUACCAGGCUCCUCGCCAGAAAUCGGACGGAUCGAUCUCUUGGUACUGCUACGAACUGACGUCGAAGGGGAGGAAGUGCUACUUGUUGCAAGAACUGCUACCGAACGGUCGUGCGGCCCCGCCCAGCGAGAGGGCUCACGAUCACGUGUCAUUCGCCGAGAUGACGGAGCGCGCCGUCGAAGCACCUCCACCGAAGGCCCCCGCCGCGGACUCGGCGAAGGCAACAACGCACACGAAAAUACUGCGGAACGGUGGGUUCUGGUACGAGUUUGGGCGCGAAUGUCACAACGGGUCGGUCCUGUGGCUCUGCCGGCGCAAACACAGCUGUGAGGCCUCCAUUUACCGACUAUCGGACGGCCGGAUUCUGAAGGGCCUCAAGGCGGAGCACACGCAUCCGCCGGAGGACAUUGCACAAGAAUCCACUGUCAAGACGGCAGAAUCGUCCAAUGCAAAAUCGUCAGCCGCGGCUACGAACACUUCCGUCAGCUCGACGUCCAAAUCGCUCUUCAAGGUGAAAUCGUCGCACAAGAAAGGUGAGGGAUCGCUUUGGCACGCCGGGAAUCGCUUUUGGUUUUACUACAUGCGCAAUGACGGGAUGGAACACUGGCGAUGCAGCAAACGGCAAAAGUAUGCCUGCCGUGCCGGUAUCGUGCGGACUGCGGACGGGUCCGUUGAACCGUACAAAAAAAUCCCUCACUCGCAUCCUCUCGAACAGGAGGACGCUCAGGGAGAAGAGAAGCAGCCACCAUCAGAGACCAUCGUCGUCAAAGAUGAAGCGAAGAAGCAAAAUUCGGACACCUGCCAUCUGUUAGCAACGGAUCAGAAACUGUUGUUGUCUAUUGAGUACCAGAACCAUCGGCUGUACCGGCGUUACUUGCCACAGACGGGGAAGGUUAUCUACGAGUGUCCUCGAACACACUGUAACUUCAAUGUGACACUUUCGGAAGUUGGAAAGAUAGUACAGGAAAAAGGCACAGAGCACGAUUGUUCUAGGCAAAGUUCGAAUGAUGUUACGAGCAAGUGGAAAGAGCCGAAUCAGGAGACGGAGCAAUCGGAGCUGGGUUUGCCGUCGAGCAAAGCUAAUGGCGACGGUGAUGCUAAGAAUAAGGAGUCGGAUCGGGACCGACACCGAACGCCCGUUGAUGCUGCCGCGAAACGGAUCCGUCUCGACCCGAACCUCACCAAGGAAGAGAACAAGGAAAAGAAAGGGCUCGGUGGGCAGGAAAGAGUCAUGGAAGCCGACAACAGUCAGGCAGGUGAAGCCAUGGAGCAGGAUGGACCCAGUGCGCGUGAAGAAUUGCUACCGCCUCAGGACAACCGUGGCCCGUUAGAGAACCGUGAAGAAAAUGGCUUUCCCAGCAAUCAACUGGAACAGAUCUCCGACGAUUCCCUGGACGAUAUGAUCAUCGAAGAACAGUUUGUGGAUGCCGAGGAACUGAUACAAUUUUCAGACGUGACGCCAGCAGCAGUGAUAGAGGAAGAGACAGAGGUUACCGAAGGUAGCGCUGGCUCUGGGGAAAAAGCUACACGUCUCUCCACUGUCGACGGCCGGCUCAGUAAAUGAUGCAUCACAUGGUGGCCGAGUGAGUAGUUUUCCAUCUGAAACGAGAAACCGUCGAUUCAGUAAAAAUUAAACUUCAAAAGUUGGGCUUUAACCCUUUUCUUGAGAAUGAAAAGUAGGGAAACGCCACUUUACUUAUGGUUUGGUCAGUAGUUGAUUCGUUCCAACGGUGAUGGUGUCACUCUUGAAAAAAAGAUAACCUAUGACCACAUAAAUUUUAUCAUUUAUUACCGUCGGAUCGCAUCCUCGGUUUGUUACGUAUAAGAGUAGGAAUUAAUCAGUGGACAAUUCUUUAACGAUGAA